GACAACUCUGCCCCUUUCUCAUUUAACAGCAGGCUUCAGAUGCUUUCAAAGGAGAAGGAAGCCAAGAUUCCUAGCUAAUUAAAAUAUAAAAAACAAAGUCCCAAGGCACCUGUACUCUCAAAAUCAAAAGCUGUAUCUCCCUCUACAAUUUUCACUGUUUUACUGGAUAUCAAUUCAUUGUCCUGAAAGAAGAAAGAGUUAUGAAUGUGAAUAGUAUUGUUAAUCAAUAUAAUUAUAUUCCUAGUUCUAUAUGUGUAGAUGGACAAAAAGGAGAGUUUUGUACUGAAGGAAAUUAUUCUUUUCGCCCUCCUUAUUAUGAAUCUAUUAUAUCUCAUCUUCUUAAUCAGUCAGAAGUAAAUAGUGAGCUAGAUAUAAGCUUUCUUCUCCCCUGCUCACAGAAAGCUGAGCACCCAUCUUCUAGGGAAGCUAUUGCCAUGAGUCCAUUGCCUACCUAUGGUUUUGGUAACACAACCCAAUUCCAUAAUGAACAAUUACAAGCUAAGAGAGCUAGAGUGGAAAAUAUUAUCCAGGGAAUGAGUAUCAUGCCAAACCCAAUAGUGUCCGGUACUCUGGAGGAACAGGACAACAAUUUUGAGAAAGGAAAGGAAAGUAGUAGACAGAACAAGAGGAAACAAAAACUUCCUCAACAGCAAAGUUUGCCAGGAAUUUCCCUAACAAGACCUCCUAGAAGCAGCAUCUCAGCAGAAGAAUUCCUUCAGCUGAAAAAACAGCUCUAUACUUUGCAACAUCAGUUGAAGCAACUUGGAGACAGGUUUCUUCAACGUGACAAGGAAAAUGAUUCUAAUCCAAGCCAAGAAAGUAUAGAGAGAACUACGGGCUUGUUGAAGAUGUAUAGUGGAAAGAUAGACACCAACAGUCAAGUGUUGUGUUGCGACCAGCAUAAAGAUUGUUUAUGGAAAAGCACACCCAGAGUAAGAGACCUUGUGCUGUCAGAGAAAGAAGAUACAGGCAUUCAAAAUUUGGAAGAAAAAACACUUUCAGAAAUAUUAAAACAAGAAUUAACACAGGUAAUGACACACGCUGUAGAUUCAGUUUUGAAAAAGAUCUUGCCUAAAUCAUCAAGCCUUCCAUCUCAGUUGCCCAAUAAUUCCAUAGGGACAGCUGUUGGAAGAAAUAUACCCAGUAAGUGGCUGCCUAAGAUUUCUUCUCCUAAAGGUCCUAUAUCAUUAAUUGCAGAAAAAUCUCUAGGCUUUCCUAUUGACCCCAUCCAAACAAAAAGAGAGAGAAAACUUUGCCAGGCACCAGAGAAUUUUCCCUUGAUCUUGACCUCUGAAGUUCAAGAAAAUGGCAUUCUUAGUCAAAUGUUAUUCUGUGGUCAAAAAGGCCAUUGGAACAGUCCUCCAAGAAUGGUAUCUCCUGAGUCUUUAGAAGUGCCAUGGCAACCAAUCAAACUCAAACCAUCAGGCGUGAAACAACAAUAUCCACCGCACUUGGAAAGUUUGGCUUCUCUUCCUUCUACAAAUCCAAUGCUUGCUGAAAUGCAUGCAAUGGUGGAUGGAGUGUACUUCUCAGCAAGAAAUAUAUCCUUUAGAGGUCUUUAAAACCUCUUUGAAUUUAGGGUAGGAGAGACAGCUUGCAUGCAACUCAUUAAUACCCAUUUAAUAUUCCCCAAACAUUUCUGAAGUGGUUAGAAUCAAUCUUUCCUGACAAUUUGAAUCAAAUGAGGGCUUUAUUUGUUCCAUUUUAUCCUCCUUAAAAAAGU